CAGAGCCUCCUCUGAUCCUUGAGAGGCUGUGAGGGAGUGAAAAUUGAGAGUGAGUGACACCCAAACACCUUGAACCCCAAAAAUGGAAUAUGGUUCUAGUUUCAUGGCAAAAACACCAGUUUUCAAUGGUCAUAACUACCCAGUUUGGUUAGUCAAAAUGAAGGCUUAUCUAAAGGCCUUCAACCUUUGGGAAGUGGUGGAAACCGACCAGCAGCCACCACCUUUAAGGCAGAAUCCCACCUUGGCUAAGAUAAAGCAGCAUACUGAAGAAGUUACGAAAAGGUAUAAAGCCUUGACUUGUAUUCAUUCUGCAGUAACUGAUGAGAUUUUGGACAGAAUUAUGCGCUGUGAAACAGCCAAAGAAGCCUGGGACUUGUUGAAGGAAGAGUUUCAGGAUAGAAUAAUGAAGAUUGUGAAUCGAAUCAGAUUGCUGGGUGAUGAAGAACUCUCUGAUAGGAGGGUUGUUGAGAAGGUGUUGGUCAGUUUGCCAGAAAAAUUUGAGCACAAGAUUUCCUCUUUGGAAGACUCCAAGGAUCUUUCCAAAAUUCCCUUAACUGAACUUAUCAACUCUUUACAAGCUGUUGAACAAAGAAAAGCCUUAAGGUCCCAAAGCAAUGUGGAAGGUGCUCUCUUGGCUACUGAAAAGGGUAAAAGCCAACAAAAGGAAGGAGCAAAAAAGCAAUUUUUUGACAAGAAAUGGAAAGAAAAGAAGGAGUUUCAAAGAGAUUUCAAGGGCGGUAGAUACAAGGGUAAAAAGGAGUCAUUUCCUCCUUGUAUUCACUGCAAAAAGACAACUCACACAGAAAAUUUUUGCUGGUUCAGGCCUGGUGUUCAGUGCAGGUCUUGUAAGCAAUUCGGUCAUGUUGAAAAGGUCUGCAAAUCAAAAGCAGACUCUACAGCACAAGCUCAGAUUGCAGAGAAACUUGAUCAACAGGAGGAGAAGUUGUUUGUGGCCACUAAAGUGGAAGCUUGCUGUGCUAUGAAUCUCAGUUGUAAUGUUUGGUUGAUAGACAGUGGAUGUACUCACCAUAUGACUCCAAAUGAGAGCUGCUUCAAAAGCCUUGACAAGAGUUUUACCUCAAAAGUCAGAUUGGGUAAUGGAGAGCUAGUAGAAGUCAAAGGAAGGGGAGUAGCAACUGUUGAUACACCAACAAGUAUCAAGCUUAUUUAUGAUGUUCUAUUUGUUCCUGAGAUUAGCUACAGCCUUAUUAGUGUUGCUCAGCUUGUUGAAAACAAAUACUCUUUGCACUUUCAUGACAAGCUAUGUGAUGUAUUUGAUGAAUUUGGAGAUUUGUUGUUAUCUGUUAAAAUGCUUGAUAAGAGUUUUCCUAUUGAAUGGAAAGAAACUCAGAUAAAGGCUUGUGUGAGUACUGUUGAAAAUUCUUGUGUCUGGCAUAAGAGGUUUGGUCACUCUAGUUAUCAAUCUUUGCUAUUGAUGCAAAAAAAGAGCAUGGUUUCUGGUAUGCCUCUUGUUCAUGUUGAUGAACAUGUUUGUAAAGUGUGUCAGCUUGGUAAGCACUCGCAAUUGCCUUUUCCAUCUGGUCAAGCUCAUAAAGCUUCUAUGAAGUUGCAGCUAGUUCACACUGACAUUUGUGGUCCUAUGAAGACUGUUUCUUUAAGUGGAAAUAGAUAUUUCCUGAUUUUUAUUGAUGACUUCAGCAUAUUUUGUUGGGUGUAUUUUCUGAAACAUAAAUCUGAGGUAUUUGAUAUUUUCAUCAAGUUCAAAGCCUCGGUUGAAAAUGAGUGUGGUUUGAAUAUUAAAACACUUAGAUCUGAUAAUGCAGCUGAGUAUACUUCUCAUAGAUUCCAACAGUUUUUGCAACACCAUGGAAUUCAUCAUCAGCUCACAAUUCCUUACACACCUCAACAAAAUGGUGCCUUGUACGGGCUAAAACAAGCUCCUAGAGCUUGGAACUGCAAAAUUGAUGAUCACUUGCUGAGUCUUGGAUUUGAAAAGAGUCUAAGUGAGGCCACUCUUUAUGUGAAAAAGAAGAAUGGAGUACUUGUUAUAGUCUCCAUAUAUGUUGAUGAUUUGCUGGUCACUGGAAAUGAUGAAGCUGCUUUGAAUCAGUUCAAGAUUGACAUGCUGCAGAUUUUUGACAUGAAUGAUUUGGGAAAAAUGACAUAUUUUCUUGGUAUGGAGAUUGAUCAGUCCAGCAAAGGCAUUUUUAUUUGCCAAAGAAAUUUUACGGGUGAGAUUUUGAGCAAAUUUGCUAUGUCAAACUGCAGGCCAGUUAGUACUCCUUCUGUGUCAGGAGUUAAAUACCAAGCCAUUGAUGGUUCAACAAAUGUUGAUGCAGGGGUAUAUAGAAGUAUGAUUGGCAGCCUUCUAUAUUUAUCUGCUACCAGGCCUGAUAUAAUGCAUGCUGUUAGUUUUCUUUCAAGGUUUAUGCAUUCACCUACUGAAGUUCAUCUCAAGGGUGUUAAAAGAAUAUUCAGAUAUUUGAAGGCAACUGCUGGUUUUGGCGUUUUCUAUCCUAGAGCUGAGAAAAUUAAGUUACUUGGCUUUUGUGACGGUGAUUGGGUAGGGUCUGAGGAUGAUAUGAAAAGCACCAUUGGUUUUUGUUUCACUCUCGGAUUAGGUGUUAUAAGCUGGUGUUCUCAAAAGCAAGUUGCACUUGCACAUUCCACUACAGAAGCUGAAUAUAUAGCUGCUGCAACUGCUGUGGAUAAGGCUAUUUGGUUAAGGAAAUUGUUGGUUAAUGUUCAUCAUGCUCAAUCCAAUCCUACUGAAAUGUUGUGUGAUAGCAAAGCGGCAGUUGCUAUUGCUAAAAAUCCAGUCUUUCAUGGAAAGACAAAACAUUUUAAAUUGAAGUAUCAUAUUGUUAGAGUUGCAGAAAAUGAUGGUGAUAUUGUUAUGGUGCACUGCUCCUCUGAAGAAAAUGUUGCUGAUAUUUUCACUAAGGGCUUAUAGAAGAUCAGAUUUGAAGCUCUUAGAAACAAGCUUGGCGUUUGCAGCUUGGAUGCCAAGGAGGAGUGUUGAAUGAAGUUCAGUUUUUUGUAGUUUUCGAAGUACUGUGCCAUCACAUGCUGCAACAAUUCAGUGUUUGACUUUUUGAUGUAAUUUGACCUUUAGUUAGGUAGCUUUUUGUUAACCUUCUGUCAGUAUAGACACUUGAGUAGGGGGCUAAAAUUAAGCUACUUGUAGCUUGGUAAACUACUCUUCCUCUUUCCCGAAAGCUAGUGUUUAUUUUGUAUAAAAGGAGAAAUCAAUGAUCAUUACUGUG